GAACACCGGCAAGCGUGUGAGAGAGGGAGUCAAAUAGAAAGAUAGGGAGACAGAGGAAGUUACCCAGCCCAGAAAAAAAUACUAAAUUAUCAGUCUAAAUACAUAAGGAUAUUGGAAGACAAAAACGAAUUGAAUUUUGGAGAAUACAAAGACUUAAGACGCAAUGAUGACCCAAAUAGAGACGACAGUGCAUUAUAAUAACGGAUUCGGGGAUGAGGAGGACUACAUGAUACAGGAGGAUGAGUGGGACAGGGACAUGUUGCUGGACCCUGCCUGGGAAAAACAGCAAAGAAAGACCUUCACAGCCUGGUGUAACUCCCACCUGAGGAAAGCAGGAACACAGAUCGAGAACAUUGAGGACGACUUUAGGAAUGGCCUCAAACUCAUGCUUCUCUUGGAAGUUAUUUCAGGUGAGAGGUUACCCAAGCCUGACAGAGGGAAGAUGCGUUUUCACAAGAUUGCCAACGUCAACAAAGCCUUAGAUUUCAUCACCAGCAAAGGAGUGAAACUUGUCUCUAUUGGAGCUGAAGAAAUUGUGGAUGGUAACAUUAAGAUGACACUUGGAAUGAUAUGGACCAUCAUCCUCCGCUUUGCCAUCCAGGACAUCUCUGUAGAAGAAACCUCUGCAAAGGAAGGCCUUCUCUUGUGGUGCCAGAGAAAGACGGCCCCCUACAGGAAUGUCAAUGUCCAGAACUUCCAUGUUAGCUGGAAGGACGGACUGGCCUUCUGUGCCCUGAUUCACAGACACAGGCCUGACCUCAUCGACUACGCUAAGCUCAACAAGGAUGAUCCUAUGGGGAACCUGAACCUGGCGUUUGAAAUAGCAGAGAAGCACCUGGAUAUUCCCAAGAUGCUGGACGCAGAAGACAUCAUCAACACCCCCAAGCCUGAUGAGAGAGCUAUCAUGACCUAUGUGUCCUGCUUCUAUCAUGCAUUUGCUGGAGCCGAGCAGGCUGAAACGGCGGCCAACAGGAUCUGUAAAGUGCUGGGUGUGAACCAGGAGAAUGAGAAACUGAUGGAGGAAUACGAGAGGUUGGCCAGCGAGCUACUGGAGUGGAUCCGCCGGACCACCCCAUGGUUGGAGAACAGGACUGCAGAGAAGAACAUGGUUGAGAUGCAGAGAAAGCUGGAAGAUUUCAGAGACUACCGCCGCAUGCACAAGCCCCCCAAGGUGCAGGAGAAGUGCCAGCUGGAGAUCAGCUUCAACACCCUGCAGACCAAGCUGCGCAUCAGCAACCGUCCCGCUUUCAUGCCCUCGGAGGGAAAGAUGGUGUCUGACAUAGCCAGUGCAUGGCAGGGGCUGGAGGGGGCAGAGAAAGGCUACGAGGAGUGGCUUCUGACAGAGAUCCGAAGACUUGAGAGACUGGACCACCUGGCUGAAAAGUUCCGCCAGAAAGCCAGCACCCAUGAGACCUGGGCUAAUGGUAAAGAGCUGAUUCUAUCUCAGAAGGACUACGAGACGGCCACCCUGACGGAGGUGCGGGCGUUGCUACGGAAACACGAGUCAUUUGAGAGUGACCUGGCUGCUCAUCAGGAUAGGGUGGAGCAGAUCGCUGCCAUUGCACAGGAGCUCAAUGAGCUGGACUAUUAUGAUGUGGCUGCUGUCAACCAGAGGUGCCAGAGAAUAUGUGACCUGUGGGAUCAACUUGGUACACUGACCCAGAAGAGGAGAGAGGCUCUGGAGAGGACAGAGAAGUUGCUGGAAACCAUUGAUCAGUUGUUCCUGGAGUUUGCCAAGAGAUCAGCACCCUUCAACAACUGGAUGGAAGGGGCCAUGGAGGAUCUGCAGGACAUGUUUAUUGUACACACUAUCGAUGAGGUCCAGAGCCUGAUCUCUUCCCAUGAGCAGUUCAAGGCCACCCUCCCAGAGGCAGAUGGAGAGAGACAGGCCAUCCUGGGGAUCCACAUGGAGGUGCAGAAGAUCUCCCAGAGCUACGGCAUCAAGGCCAACCUCAUCAACCCCUACAGCACCAUCACCACCGAGGAACUCCUCGCCAAGUGGGACAGGGUGAAGAAGCUGGUUCCCCAGAGAGAAGGCUCCCUCCAGGAAGAGCUUGCCCGGCAGCAUGCUAGCGAGAGGCUGAGACGGCAGUUUGCUGUCCAGGCUAACCUCAUCGGACCAUGGAUACAGACAAGGAUGGAGGAGAUCGGCCACUGCUCCCUGGAUGUGGGUGGUACCCUGGAGGACCAGAUGACCCAGCUGAAGCAGUUUGAGCACGUCAUCGUCAUCUACAAGCCCAACAUCGACAAGCUGGAGGGAGACCACCAGCUCAUCCAGGAGUCUCUGGUGUUUGACAACAAGCACACCAACUACACUAUGGAGCACAUCCGUGUGGGCUGGGAGCUCCUCCUCACCACCAUCGCCCGCACCAUCAACGAGAUCGAGACCCAGAUCCUGACCCGUGAUGCCAAGGGCAUCAGUCAGGAACAGAUGCACGAGUUCCGCUCUUCCUUCAACCACUUUGAUCGGAAGAAACACGGGGCGAUGGACACUGAUGACUUUAGGGCCUGUCUGAUCUCCAUGGGUUAUGAUUUGGGUGAAGUGGAAUUUGCCCGCAUCAUGAUGCUGGUAGAUCCCAGUGCCACUGGCAUGGUGUCUUUCCAAUCCUUUAUUGAUUUUAUGACCAGAGAAACCACUGACACAGACACCGCCGACCAGGUCGUGGCAUCCUUCAGAAUCCUGGCAGCCAAUAAGCCCUACAUCCUGGUUGAGGAGCUGAGGAGGGAGCUCCCCCCUGACCAGGCAGAGUACUGCAUCUUGAGGAUGGCCCCUUACAGUGGUCCAGGGGGACCCGCGGGGGCUCUAGACUACACCGCCUUCUCCACUGCCCUCUACGGAGAGAGUGACCUCUAACCCUGCAAGAUGACCCCCAAGAUUGACCUUUUGAUGCCAGCCAACACUUCUGGAUGAAAUCCCCUUUAACCAAACACACUGUAAAAGCAAGGCAAAGUUAGCUAUGUUAGAUUCACAUUAGGUAGAUAUUGUACAUUUGCCUACUAUUGUGUGGCACAGUAGUUUCCCUCAUAUGAGUUCUGCGGUGAAGUGAAGAUAGCAGAUAACAAAAACUGUUCUUCUAAGAAAAAUGAUAUGAUUGUAUAAGCUACAAUAGUUUGAUAUAAUAGACCAGUUGACUACAGUAAUAGCAGCAGUUGGAUAUGUAGCUAGAACAGAAGAAUAGCAGACUAAUAGUAAACAUUGUGUCCUCAUCUCCUGUUAGUGCCUCAUCAGGAACUAACAUACAGUAUGAGUUCUGAUUGGGAAUAAGACAGAGUGGUGUAUGAUGAUCCAAACAUCAGGAUUAGGAUUAUUUAAAUGUUGGGAUAUCCGUUUGCUGAUUUGUGAGAUUAGAUCUGGACUAAUUUAGCAAAAUCUUGAUUGAAAUGACAGUAAAGUAUGCCAUUUAAGUAUCAUAAUAGGUUCUAUGAUAGCACACUGAUAACUGUGUAAGGUUAUCAAGUGUGCCUCUCAUACUCCAUUCUAAAAAAGUAAUGACCAACAUGUUGUUUAUGUCAACAAAAUGUACUUGUGAUAUAAUCAUAGCACAUGGUGCCUGCUCUAUGCUAACUUUUCUCGCAAGUUACCCAAUAUAAAUGAAGAACAGUUUGGCUAAAGGCUAUGAGUGAUUCAUUGAACAAUACGUUCCACAGUUCAUACACAAUAUAUACAUCUCAAACCCAAAGCUAAGAGCCUCUUCCCACACUUACCUGACAUUUUUCAUAAACAUGUCGGCUACACGUUACUCAAAUGUAAACCUCUGGAGGUAGUGCACAACACUCUCUCAACAGCUGCCCCCCUUGAAGCAGUGUAAACAGAAUUGUCUUGUUAAUUGGGCCAACACUCCUACAGUAUAAAUGGUACUAGUUGAGCAAUGUUUUUCAAACAGUUGAAAUGUAUAGACAUUUUCCUAAUAUUUGAGACUAAAUAUUGCAGUAACAGUCUGUUACAUUCUGAAAUUGUUGCAGUAGCUGCCGGCUGCACUGAGCCAGGUAAAACUAUGGAAGCCCAUCCUCACCACCAAAAACAUGUCAAA